UUCCUUGCUGGAUGGCAUGGGUGGGGUGAUAGAAAUUGUCACCUUGAGUUUGUUAAUGUGUGGUUUAAUAUUGUAUUAACUUUUUGUUGAAUUUUUAGUCAUGAUUUUUUGGUUUUUAAUUUUUUCAAGCUGAGUUUUAUGGUUGUGGGAUUUGGUAGAUUUGUCAGUUGUCUGUUGUGUGGGCUAUGUUUCUUUUUUACAUUAUUGAACGUUUGGUGCGUUCAACCACUGAUUUUUUGGAUGGUCUUUUUGCUGUAACACUCUCUCAUUGUGUAUUUUUGAGCUGUUAACAUUUAUUGACUUUUGUGGCUUCUUCACUUCUGGCAUUUCUUUUCCUCCAUUGAUUUGUUCUGUUUUUUUCUUGAGCGGAUCAGGGCGGAACCAAGUAGGGUCAAGGGAUUCGUUUGAAUACCUUUCGACAGGAAAUUAUAUUAUUUCUACAUAGUUAACGUUAUUUUUCAUGAAUAUAUGUUGAAUUCUCUUCGGCUUCUUCUUGUGCUAACUUUUCAUAUUUUUAACCCCUCAAUAAAAAAUCUUCCUGACUGUAACCGCGUAGAGAUAAGAUCUACCUAGACUCCACUUAUGGCAUUACACGGAAUAUAUUGUUGUUAUAACAUUUAUUGACUGUUGCUGUAAAAGCUUUGAUGGCUAUGGUUUCCACACACACACACAAACACAUAUAGCCCCACCAAACAAAUCCCACCUCCCAAAUAUAGGUACAGUGUACAAGCACCUUUUAGGCUUCUUAAUUGGCCUUCUUUGGUAUCUGGUUAUUCUUACUCUUUCUAGUCUUACAUGAUAGGUCAACUAAUUUCCACACCCCUCAAAUUGUCAUCUUUAUUCUUAUACUUGUUUUACAUUCUUGAUUUCCAUGUCUUCUCUCUGAUUGGUAAUGCUGAUUCUCUCUGGUUUUUUUUCCUCCCUUUUGUCUCAAAAGCUACAGUUAGCUAUUCUCAGAACAUCAUGGUUGAUGAAUAUGAAAAAUUUAUUAGAAGAAUGAAUCCACCAAGAGUGGUAAUUGAUAAUGAGUCUUGCAAAAGUGCUACUAUUAUAAAGGUGGAUAGUGCUAACAAACAUGGAAUACUUCUAGAGGUGGUACAAGUUCUAACUGAUCUUAAUCUUGUUAUCACCAAGGCUUAUAUUACCUCAGAUGGUGGAUGGUUCAUGGAUGUUUUCAAUGUAACUAAUCAAGAAGGGAAAAAGAUUACUGAUGAAGCAAUGUUGGAUUAUAUCAUGAAGUCUCUUGGUCCAGAUUCUUCUUUCGCGUCAUCCAUGAGAAGAUCAGUUGGGGUUACUACAGGAAUCGACUACACCUCAAUUGAGUUAAUCGGAAGUGAUAGACCAGGGCUAUUGUCUGAAGUCAGCGCUGUCCUAACGAAUCUUAAAUGCAAUGUGAUAAAUGCUAAGGUGUGGACACAUAACACCCGAGCAGCAGCUAUAAUGCAAGUUAGCGAUGAGGAAAACGGAGGUAUAAUUGAUGAUCCGGAAAAGUUGUCUACGAUGAAGCAACUCUUGUGCAAUGUACUUAGAUGUAGCAAUAAAUUUAGGGAUGCUAAGACAAUUGUAUCUGAUGGGGUCUCUCAUACUGAGAGAAGGCUUCACCAGCUAAUGUUCGCAGACCGAGACUACGAACGUACUACUGGUGAAGAAUUGAACGAAAAAGAGAGGCCUAAUGUGAGUGUCAUUAAUUGGAAAGAUAAGGACUACUCCGUUGUGACAAUCCGAUGUAAGGAUAGACCAAAGCUUCUCUUUGAUACAAUUUGUACAUUGACAGAUAUGCAGUAUGUGGUUUUCCAUGGCAAUGUUGAUGCUGAAGGACCAGUAGCCCACCAUGAGUACUGUAUAAGACAUAUUGAUGGAUCCCCGAUGAAAUCAGAUGCAGAACGGCAACGAGUGAUUCAGUGUCUUGAAGCAGCAAUAGAAAGAAGGGUAUCUGAGGGAUUGAAGCUAGAAUUAAGUACCACGGACAGAGUAGGACUACUGUCAGACGUUACUAGGAUCUUCCGCGAGAAUGGCCUUACGGUCACCAGAGCAGAAGUGACAACUAGAGCAGGCAAAGCUGUAAAUAUGUUCUACGUUCGUGAUUCAUCAGGGUAUCGUAUUGAUGCCAAGAUCAUAGAAUCUGUUCGUCAGACCAUCGGACAGACGAUACUUAGAGUGAAAGGCAACAUUGAAGGGUUAAAUCCAGUUCCGCAAGAAUCUCCAACUAGGUUCCUUUUUGGUGGUCUAUUCAAGUCAAGAUCCUUUUGUAAUUUCGGUUUGGUUAGGUCGUAUUCUUGAAAGAUGCAGAAUCUAGUCCUUGUCCCAUGUACAUUCAAUCCCCUCUGCAUCACCAAACCUACAUUGCUUCUUCCGAGCUUUUAGCUGUGGUUUUCUAAAAGUUGAUUAAUAUAUGAAGCAGUAUUUUGAGGUUUAAA